CUGACACUUCUGAUCUGAUAGCAAAAACUCAACUGCCAUCUUUCUAAAGUAAAAUCAAAUGUACCAUCUCAUACUUCUGAUCUGAAAGCAAAACUCAAACUGCAGUGCAUGUGCGAGGAGCCUUCUCUUCAUGGAUCGGCUGCUAAAAGCUGCACGAACGUCCGGCUCUCUCAACCUAUCAAAUCGCUCCCUCAGGGAUGUGCCAAAUGAGGUCUACCAAAGUUUGGAUGCCGUUGGAAAGGAUGAAAAUUGGUGGGAGGCUGUGGAGCUACAAAAGCUCAUUUUGGCUCAUAAUAAUAUUGAGUCAUUGAAAGAAGAUCUUAGGAAUUUACCUCAACUUACCGUAUUGAAUGUCAGCCACAAUAAACUUUCCGACCUUCCAGCUGCAAUAGGAGAGCUUCCUAUGCUAAAAUCAUUAGAUGUGUCCUUUAACUCAAUACUAAAAAUACCUGAGGAAAUUGGAUCGGCAACUUCUCUUGUCAAGUUUGAUUGUUCUUGCAAUCGGCUUAAGGAACUUCCAAGCUCCAUUGGACAGUGCGUAGAAUUAUCAGAUUUGAAGGCAUCAAAAAAUGUUAUCAUUGGCUUGCCAGAAGAUCUAGUAAACUGUUCAAAGUUGACAAAACUAGAUGUGGAGGGAAACAAGCUGACUAUGCUUUCAGAGAAUUUGAUUGCAUCAUGGACAAUGCUUACUGAAUUCAAUGCAUCAAAAAAUUUGUUGAGCAGUAUACCAGAGAACAUUGGGAAUCUUUCACAUCUCAUUCGUUUUGAUCUUCAUCAGAACAAAAUUUCUUCAAUCCCACCAUCGAUAAUGGGAUGCUCUUCUCUUGUGGAGUUCUAUAUGGGGAAUAACUCACUGUCUUCAUUACCAACGGAGAUUGGGGUGCUUUCACGUUUAGGGAAUUUAGAUCUUCACUCAAAUCAGUUGAAGGAAUAUCCGGUAGAGGCAUGCAAAUUGCAUCUUUCGGUUCUGGAUCUUUCAAAUAAUUCAUUGACUGGAUUGCCCCCAGAAAUGGGCAAUAUGACUACCCUGCGAAAACUUUUGCUUACUGGAAAUCCUUUGCGAACUCUUCGAAGUUCAUUGGUUUCUGGACCAACACCUGCUUUACUGAAGUAUCUUCGAAGUCGACUUUCUGAGGGUGAAGACUCUGAAAUUACAACACCAACAAAAGAAGAUGUAAUUACCAGGGCAGCUCGAUUGUCUAUCGCUUCAAAGGAACUUUCUUUGGAAGGGCUUAGUUUGAGUGCUGUUCCAUCAGAAGUAUGGGAAUCGGGUGAGAUCAUAAAAGUUGAUCUUUCUAGGAAUGCCAUUCAAGAGCUUCCAGUUGAGCUUUCCUCAUGUAUUUCACUCCAGACUUUGAUUUUAUCCAGGAACAAGAUUAAGGACUGGCCAGGUGCAAUUUUAAAGUCACUUCCUAAUCUUUUGUGUUUGAAGUUGGACAAUAAUCCACUCAGACAGAUUCCAUCUGAUGGAUUUCAAGCAGUCUCUAGGAUUCAGGUUCUGGAUCUAAGUGGUAAUGCAUCUUCAUUACCGGAGCAUCCAGCAUUUUCAAGCAUGUCUCAUUUGCAAGAGCUUUACCUGAGAAGAAUGCAGCUGCACGAAGUUCCCUCAGAUAUAUUUAACUUACAGCAAUUGCGGAUCCUUGACCUGAGCCAAAAUUCCCUUCAAUCAGUUUCAGUGGAGUUCCAACGUCUUACUUCACUCUCUGAGCUUGGCCUAUCUGACAACAACAUCUCAGUACUUCCCCCAGAGCUGGGUUUGCUUGAACCGAGCCUACAGGCUUUAAGACUUGACGGAAAUCCAAUGAGAAGUAUCCGGAGGACAAUUUUAGACAGAGGAACCAAAGCUAUUCUGAAUUAUUUGAAGGACAAAAUUCCACAGUAGAAGUUCAUUCACAUCUUACUCCCUCUCUUUUCUUAUUUAAUUUUAUAUUAUUAUUUUAAGCUUCUUGUUAAAGACCACGUACUUGUACAUGUCUUGUGUGUAACAAUAUGUAACAUAUGACACAUGACUCAAUUCUGGUAUUCAAUACCCAUAUACUUGUGGGUUUUACUGUUUGUUUCCUAA